AUGGAUGCCACUGAGCGUGACGAUCAGAUCCAAACGCUUCUUGGGUCCCGGCCCCUUCACGUCGAGAGGCAGCUCUCCGAGACAUUGGACUUCCUGGAGGACCUCCUGGCACCCGGUGCUGAGGACCUGUCGGAAGUGCUGGGUGGCACCCUCCGAGAAUGCCAAGAGCUGCGGGACCGGCUGCAAGAGGCGGUGCCGGACAUCUUGGAUCGGGAUGGUGGCGAGGCCACCUUCAACCAGAUCGCUGCGCUGCUGGAGCGCAUGGAGCGGGUCAAGGACCAGUGGCAGGCGCGCGGGGCCGGCGCCAGCGCCGCCAGUGGGCCCAGCCCUCCCAGCAUGAGUGGCCCAGAACGGGGCUCCGCGCCUUCGCUGCCGGCCUCGGCACUGACCUCCGCUGCCUCCGGCUCUGUGCCGGCCAUGGCCGCGCCUGCAGCCACAGCCGCGCCCCUUGCUCCAUCGGCUUCGCCCGCGCAGUCGCAUGCUUCCGAAGACAUGUGGCGACAAACCAGUGGUUUGGGUUCCAACCUCGGAGAGAAGGAGAGGAAGAAGAAGCGGAAGGAAGGGAAGGAGUCCAAGGAAGCGAAGGAUCCUUCGGGGGAUCAGGGCAGGGGGAGUGAAGAUGGCUUCCCGGAUAGCUUUGGAGCUUGGCCGGACUCUGGUGAAGCUGCUUUCCCAGACUCCUUUGGUGCGUGGGGUGCCCCUUUGGGCCCAAGCCCCGCUUUCGAAGCCUCGAACUGGGCCACAGCGGAGGGCCCCAACCCCGGCCCCUGCGCUUCGGGUGCGUCGGGGGCGUCGGCAAGCGGUCCCAGUCCUUUUGCUGCUUUCGGAAGUUUGCCAGAACCCGCGCAGCAGGGCCAGGGCGGCCAGGGCGGCCAGGGGCCCAACGGGCUCAACGGGCCCAGCAUUGCUCCGAGCUUGAGUGAGAAGGAGGCAAAUGCGCAAGGCGAAGGGACCUUAAAGGCGAGUCUUCAUGUCAGCUUCCCUUUUGCGGCCAUCGAGGACAAAGAGGCCUUCGAGCGGCUCUUUGUCCGUGCCGCAGCCCAGGCUGCCGGGGUAGCGCCAAGGCGCAUACGAGUGCAGGCUGUGCGUCCCGGCCCGGGCUACUAA